AACUCGAGCGAACAUACACGCAAACAUGGAUGCCGCUGUCGCCGCAAUCACGUUCGACGUGCACGUUCAGCGUGACGGUUGACGGCAGGAAUUGUGCCUUGCAGCGAUUGAUUUGUUUCGUAUGCUUAUCAACAGUUCGGAACAAAAUUGAGUUGUGCACUCAGCAUGGACCGGCGGAUCGUUUUGCUGCUUUUUUCACAAUUCGCGCUUUGCCACGGAGAACUUCGAGACAUGAUCGUGGCCGCUCAGGAGGCCGCCAUAGGACUGAAUGAUCUCACUUCGGAAGUGGUGAAAGAAGAAGUUGGUAAUUUCAUCAGGACCGCCUACCGUGACGGCUGCAUUCACGCAGGGUGCUGCAUGGGCAUCCGCAAAGAGGUGCGCUUCAGCCACGAUUGCCCGUCGUGGGGCUGGUACAAAUGGUCUUUCAACGGGCCGAUGCUGGUCGCUCACAGGCCGUUCUUUCAUUCCUGCCUUGACUGCAAGGAUGGCGAAGAUGAUUGCGCGAUAAUAUCUUCGUCGUGCAGAGGGAAACACUCGCAGUUCUGGCACCUGAACAGCACCCUGGGUUUGAAGAACUAUCGCGGCGAGAACCUGUUCGUGAUCGUUAAUGAUUUGCAUCCGGAUCGCUGCGUUACGGUGAACGAGGCUUCGUCAAAGCUUCAAUUGCGUCCAUGCAACCCGCCGUCACAAACUCAAUUGUUUUACAUCACGAGGAACUGGAUUCGAGAUGAGAGUGGCGCGAAGUGAAGGACUUCCCCGAUUGAGACCGGGAAACUUCCCUCGGCAUAGGCACACAUUAAAUGACGAUUCUUAUUUGAUACUGGUGUAGAAUUGAAUAAAUGAAUUCAAUUCGUCGCAUAUAGCACAUAAGA